AUUAAUUUGACCAGUAUCAUAAAAAUCCCCAAAUUGAGUAGAACUCUAAAAUCCCAAUUCAUUACAUCUCAGAAUCGUUAAAUCCAUCUUCAUCGAAAGAUUUAUUGCUGUUGUAAUCGAGAAUAAGUUCGGACUGAACCAUAGAAGUAUUAAGAAUCUAAAUUUCUCCUAAUCAGUGUGUUAAGGCUUUUUGGAGAAGAUGAGUAACAGAGAUGAUGUUUUGAAGAUGCACAUUUCGCAUGGGGAUCUUUUUACUUGGUCAAUUUUUGAGGAUUUCAUCAAAGAAAGAGAAAUUGAAAAUAAGGCAGAGCAGGUUUUGUAUAAACUAAAGAGUGAAUAUAUUUCAGUGGCAAGAUCGAUCUACAAAAGCAAAGAUGCUGAGAUUAUGGAGAUGGCUGAAGAAGCAAAAGGAGUAAAUGAGGUUGAUUUGUAUAUUGCUAGUGGUGAGAGGGCUGACGUAGAUUUCAGCGUGAAUGUUGAUGGAGAAGCUGAUGUUGAGGAUAAUGAGGUAGAUGAUGAAGAGAAGAGCGAAGAUAAAAACAGUGAUGAUGAAGCUAAGAGUGAUGAUGAUAACCGAGAGGAGGAAAGUGAUGAUGGAGAAAUUAACGAUGAUGUAAACAGAGAGGAACAAGAGAAGCCAGAUGGUGAUGGUCCUCAAUCUGAGGGUGAAGAACAUAUUCUAGAUGUAGGAGCCAGUGAUCCUCGAUUCACAAACUUGAUUGAACAUGGUGAACAUGUUGUGGUCGAAGGACAAAGUAACCCAAAUCCACCAAAACGACGUAGGAAGACACCCGUGAGUGCAGCUCAAUCACAAUCUUCCAUCCCUGCACCUGUUGCUACAGACCAGUCACAACCUUCUAUCCCAUCUUUAUCAAGUGCACCAGAAGCUUCAUCUAGUGCACCUUUACGUGGUCGCGGGCGUGGCCAUCCGCCUGGGCGUGGACAAGCUCGCAAGGAGACAAUUCCAAGAGGUCAUGGCGUUUACAUUAGCCCAUUCAGUAAUAGAGUAUUUAAAGUUUGGGGAGACCGAGCACGAGAUGUAGGAGGUUCUUCAAUACGAGGUUCUCGAGGUCGCAAGUAGUGUGUAUUCUUGUUUUUUUUUAUUUGUUUUAAACUCUCAAAUUCUACGACUCUUGCUAUUUUGUAGACUUUUGGUUUGUGUAUGACUUUUAUUGCAUUUUGGCUUCGAUUCAUCAUUUCUCCAGACUCUCUGCCUCUAUUUGAGAUAAUAAAUUGUGUUUCUCUCAA